GCAGUGGCUAAAGGCCCGUUCCUCUUCCCCAGAAGCUUUCCGACUUUCCUUCAGGACUAAUCCCAAGAAGCCAUCUCUCUGGACUGCAGACAAGAGCCAUCAUGACAAACUGGCGCAGCCCCCUCAUCUUCACGGCCUACAUCGUCAUCUUCCUCACCGGCCUCCCCGCCAACCUCCUGGCCCUGCGGGCCUUCAUAGGACGGGUCCGCCAGCCCCACCCGGCCCCCGUGCACAUCCUGCUGCUCAGCCUGACGCUGGCGGACCUCCUGCUGCUGCUGCUGCUGCCCUUCAAGAUGAUCGAGGCCGCGUACGACUUCCGCUGGUACCUGCCCGAGUUACUCUGCGCCCUCACGGGGUUCGGCUUCUACAGCAGCAUCUACUGCAGCACGUGGCUCCUGGCGGGCAUCAGCAUCGAGCGCUACCUGGGAGUGGCCUUCCCCGUGCAGUACAAGCUGUCCCGCAAGCCGGUGUACGGAGUGAUUGCGGCCGUGAUCGCCUGGGUCAUGUCCUUCGGUCACUGCACCAUCGUGAUCAUCGGCCAGUACUGGAACUCAACCCAUAAUGACACAAAUGACAAUGGCAUCACCUGCUAUGAGAACUUCACCAAAGCUCAGCUGGAUGUGGUGCUUCCUGUGAGGCUGGAGCUGUGCCUCUUCCUGUUCUUUGUCCCCAUGGUGAUCACCAUCUUCUGCUACUGGCGCUUUGUGUGGAUCAUGCUCACCCAGCCCCACGUGGGGGCUCAGAGGCGGCGCAGAGCUGUAGGGCUGGCUGUCGUGACGCUCCUUAAUUUCCUGGUGUGCUUCGGGCCUUACAAUGUAUCCCACUUGGUGGGGUUUUUCACGAAGAAGAGCCCCCAGUGGAGGGCUGAAGCCGUGGUAUUCAGUUCCCUCAAUGCCAGUCUGGACCCCCUGCUUUUCUAUUUCUCUUCGUCAGCUGUGCGCAGAGCCUUUGGAAGGGGGCUGCAGAUCCUGAGGCAUCAGAGCGCCUCCCUGCUGGGGCGCAGAGGCAAAGAGACAACAGAGGGGACGAGCGGGGACAGGGGUGUGAGUCAGGCAGAGGGAGCUCCGAGUUCUGACUUCACCACAGAAUAGGGGUGUCCGGGACCUUUGGAGGCACUCUGGGUGACACAGGCAUUGAGCAGGCUGGGACAGGGGGAACGUGAGGUUCCGUGAGUUCCUGUCCCAGAGUCAGAAAUCCUCGGAUGGAUCCACUACGGGAGCUGUAGAAAUCUCUCUCAGCAGCUUGGUAUCCCUUCCUGACUGAAGUUUUCUUCCCAAAGGAGCACAGCUCCAUGACAAAGGAAGAAAUGGUUUGGCAUAGAAGCACCCUCAGACCAUGGUUUCAGGAGCAAUGUAGCUAAUACAAAUUCAGUCCUUGUGACACAGUGGUAGCUGGGGACGAUCAGGCUAAAGCCGAGUCCUAAAGCCAUCUUGCUACAGGCUUUGAAACAACAUCUAGACCCUGGGCCAGCUGUUGAUACUGGAAAGAAGACAAUGGGAAGAGAUGGAAGGGAAUACAAGGGAAUACCAAAUGAGGUCAAAGAAGACUCAGGAAGAUUAUGAGUCAAGGGAACUAAGAGGGAGGACCAGGGACUUUGAACUCUAACCAUCUAGGUCUGCACUGUAUCGCUCUGACCUGCUGCUUUGUAAGUAUGCUCCAGUCAUCUUCAAGUGUGUAUUCUGUCUCCCUGUAUUAAACCUGCCAGAGGUCUGGGUCUUGUCUCCUCCCUCCAUGGCACCCCGCACGGGCUAGGACACAGCCUGGUGCCUGUCAGUCAGAAGUCAACACUGACUAUAGGACAAGAGCAGACAACCCGGUCUGGCAGAUUGAAAAUAAAAAUGGUAAA